UGGGGGGGGGUCCGCAGCGAAAACAAAGAUGGCGGCCGCGCCGGGGUUGGUGUCCGGGGCCGCUGCGGGCCAACGCGCGGGCCAGGCCCACUGAGGCAGCAGCGCGGUGGGCAGGUUGCAGGGCCGCCGCGGCAGCGAGGAGCCAACAGGGGCGCGCGGCGACCCUAACUUCCAGCCGGCGAACGCGCCGGCACCCGCCCGCCGGGCCGGCCGGCCGCGAUGUCCGGCGCCGAGGAGGCCGGCGGGGGUGGCCCGGCUGCGGGGCCCGCGGGUGCCGUGCCGGCCGGGGUCGGGGUAGGGGCCGGGCCUGGGGCUGUCGCGGGUCCGGCUGCGGCGGCUCUAGGCGAGGCGGCGGGUCCCGGGCUCCCGGACGAGGCGGGCCUGGCUGGCGCUCGGCAGCUGCAAGAGGCGGCCGGCGACCCUGACGCGCCGCCCAAGAAGCGGCUGCGGGCGGCCGAAGCGGCCGAGGCGGCGGCGGCGGCGGUGGCAGCGGGCAGCGGGAAGCUGGAGGAGCGGCUGUACUCGGUGCUGUGCUGCACCGUGUGCCUGGACCUGCCCAAGGCUUCCGUGUACCAGUGUACUAACGGUCACUUGAUGUGCGCUGGCUGUUUUAUCCACCUACUAGCAGAUGCCCGGCUGAAGGAGGAGCAGGCCACAUGUCCCAACUGUCGUUGUGAGAUCAGUAAGAGCCUCUGCUGCCGGAACCUGGCCGUGGAGAAAGCUGUGAGCGAGCUGCCUUCAGAGUGUGGCUUCUGUCUUCGUCAGUUCCCUCGCUCCCUCCUAGAAAGGCACCAGAAAGAAGAAUGCCAGGACAGGGUGACACAGUGCAAGUACAAGCGUAUUGGCUGCCCGUGGCAUGGCCCUUUCCAUGAGCUGACAGUGCAUGAAGCUGCAUGUGCUCACCCAACCAAGACAGGCAAUGAGCUGAUGGAGAUCCUAGAUGAGAUGGAUCAGAGCCACAGAAAGGAGAUGCAGCUCUACAAUAGCAUCUUCAGCUUGCUCAGCUUUGAGAAAAUCGGCUACACAGAGGUUCAAUUCCGGCCUUAUCGCACUGAUGACUUCAUCACACGCCUGUACUAUGAAACACCACGGUUCACAGUACUGAACCAGACAUGGGUCCUGAAGGCUCGUGUGAAUGACUCGGAGCGCAACCCCAACCUGUCGUGCAAGCGCACACUUUCCUUCCAGCUACUUCUCAAGAGCAAGGUCACAGCGCCCCUGGAGUGCUCUUUUCUUCUGCUCAAGGGCCCAUAUGAUGAUGUGAGGAUCAGCCCUGUCAUCUACCACUUUGUCUUCACCAAUGAGAGCAAUGAGACAGAUUAUGUGCCGCUGCCCAUCAUCGACUCUGUGGAGUGCAACAAGCUGCUGGCUGCCAAGAACAUUAACCUGCGGCUCUUCCUGUUCCAAAUACAGAAGUAGGACAGGCCCAGAACACCUGAGGAGCAGAGGGCCGCCGUCCAGUAGUGCUGUCCCACCCCUCCCUGGCUUGGCAGCAGCUUUACACAACUAUCUGAUCAUUUUAGCAAAGGAGGCGAACAAACAAAAUCAAACCCUAAGAAAGUCUGCAUGCGUGUGCAACAGGGAUCCCUGCCUCUGGCUCACCUUCCUCCCCUUUGCCUCCCACCUCCUGCAGGCAGCCAGAGGCUGGGCUGACCACAGUGGAAACAGUACUCUGGGCUCCUCAGGUACAGGUGGUGAAAAGGAAAGAAGCCAACCACCCUUACCCCAGUUCCCAUCCUCAAAUCGAGGUGCCACGGUGGUUCCCUGGCCAGGCUGGGAGGCCCUGGCUAACUUCAGACAGCAUAUUUGAUUGCAAUUAAAAAGGCAGCCUUGUUUCCUA